AUGGCUCCCUCCGCCACGGCGGCCGCACCGGCAGCGGCCCCCGACGGAGCGCAGCCGUUCCCGCUGCCCCCGAUCCUCGAGCACCCCGCCUCGACCCCGCCGUCGCUCAUCACCCAAGGCGCCGAGGGCCGCCUCUACAAGACGACGUACCUCCAGCCCGACCUGCCCUGCGCGCUCAAGUACCGCCCGCCCAAGCCCUGGCGGCACCCGACCCUCGACCAGCGCCUGACCAAGCACCGCAUCCUGUCCGAGGCCCGCAUCCUCGCCAAGUGCCGCCGUGACGGCGUCCGCGUGCCUACCGUCUACGCCGUCGACGAGGCCGCCGGGUGGUUGAUGCUCGAGUGGAUUCACGGCACGCCGGUGCGCGCCAACAUCAACGAGUGGCUGGGCAGCAGGAGCGAGGGCAUCGAGGCCGACGAGCCGCUCAGGAGCCUCAUGCGCCGCAUCGGCGCCGCCGUGGGCAAGAUGCACAAAAUUGGCAUCGUCCACGGCGAUCUCACCACGAGCAACAUGAUGCUGGCGCCGUCGUGGAGCGGGAUCGACGUCAAGGACAAUCAGCCGCAAGGUCACGUCCUGCAUGGUGAGAUUGUCAUCAUCGACCUCGGUCUCGCCAGCGGCAGCAUCCAGGACGAGGACCGCGCUGUCGACUUGUAUGUCUUAGAGCGCGCGUUUGGCAGCACACACCCACGCGCCGAGUGUAUAUUCAAGGAGGUCUUGGAAGAGUACAGAGAGUCUUUUAAGCAAGCUCCAGUGGUACUCAAGAAGCUCGAGGACGUGAGGAUGAGAGGAAGGAAACGAAGCAUGGUCGGAUAA